UUAAACUUAUUAUUUCUAUCUAAGCUUAAUAUCGCUUGAUGCUCCAGAUACUGCCUAUUUUAUUUUGUUAUUUAUGCAAUAGACGUACAAAGAAUCUAUUAAACCUCUUUUUCUAAGGAAAUCUUUGGUGAUUAGCAAGCCGCUCACGUCGACAAAAACACCGCUACGACGUAGAAGUUCUGCGUAGAAAUACGCAAAUACUGGAACUUCUGAAGUAUUUAGAGCUUGAUCCAGUUUGGUGUAAUCAAACUGAAUCAGCCAGAAUCAUGAAUAGCAUACCUAACCAGAAUGGCAUUGGACUUGAGCAGCAGUUUGCAGGCUUGGACCUUCGUGGAGGCUUUCCACCCCCUCAGGCAGCUCAGCGAUAUGUCGCUCCACCUCAUCCUCGGAUGGAUCAGUUUGAUCGGACUGGAAAUCAAGCAUUUAACAAUUUUAGAGUGGCCGGCCUGCCGGUGGGUGGCGGCUACACGCGGGGCGCCGCCGCCGGCCGGCCCGGCUUCGGCGCGUUCGACCCGCGCGGCCCGCCGCCGCCGAUGCCGCCCAACUUCGACCGCGGCUUCCAGCAGCGCGGCGGGUACGGCGACUGCAACCGCGUCGACCGCGACCGACGUCCCGGCUACGGCUUCGACCGACCUGCCAACGGGUUCGCUGGUCGUGGCGGCCGCUUCGAUCGCGCCGGCGACUUCGGCUUCGGGGACCGCCGCGGCGGCUCCAACAACUGGAACAGCUAUGGCCGCAACAACAACAGCCGGUCGGGCGCCAGCGGCGUGGUGCGCUGGGGCGAGCGUGAGGAGGACCUGCGCAUGAACGACCGCUGGAAGGAGCCCAACGAGGCCGACUGGACGGUGCCGCUGCACCGCGACGCCCGCGUCGAGGAGGAGCUCUUCAAAAACGCGAGCACCGGCAUCAACUUUGACAAGUACGACGAUAUUCCGGUGGAUGCCACCGGUAACGACGUACCCGAGUGCAUCAACUCGUUCAAGGAGCUCGACUUGACGCCCAUCAUCAUCGAGAACAUCGAGCUGGCCAAGUAUACGACACCCACUCCCGUACAGAAGUAUGCGUUCCCGAUCAUCCUCAAGUCUCGCGACCUGAUGGCCUGCGCCCAGACGGGUUCGGGCAAGACGGCCGCGUUCCUGGUUCCGCUGCUGAACCAGAUCUUCAUGAACGGGCCGCAGGGCAACGCGCCGCCGCCCGAUGUCAAGCGUCCGAUGGGCGGCCGUAAGAAGCAGUUCCCGCUGGCCCUGGUGCUGGCUCCGACCCGCGAGCUGGCCACCCAGAUCUACAACGAGGCGCGCAAGUUCUCGUACCGCUCGCACGUGCGGCCAUGCGUGGUGUACGGCGGCGCAGACGUGGGCGGUCAGAUGCGCGACCUGGACCGCGGCUGCCACCUUCUGGUGGCCACCCCCGGCCGACUCGUGGACAUGCUGGAGCGGGGCAAGGUCGGCCUCGAGAACUGCCGCUACCUGGUGCUCGACGAGGCAGACAGGAUGUUGGACAUGGGCUUUGAGCCGCAGAUCCGUCGGAUCGUGGAGCAGGACACGAUGCCGCCAACCAAGGACCGGCACACCAUGAUGUUCUCGGCCACCUUCCCCAAGGAGAUCCAGCGUCUGGCCCAGGACUUUUUAAACGACUACAUCUUCUUGGCGGUGGGUCGCGUCGGCUCGACUUCCGAGAACAUCACCCAGGAGAUCGUCUGGGUGGAGGAUGACCAGAAGAAGUCGUUCCUGCUGGACCUGCUGCAGGCCACGCAGAACAAGGAGGGUGUCACUGCCGAGAACGCCGCCGAGUCACUGACGCUGAUUUUCGUCGAGACGAAGCGCGGCGCCGACAAUCUGGAGGAGUACCUGUACCGGUACGCCGGGUACCCGGUCACAUCGAUCCACGGCGACCGCUCGCAGGCCGAGCGAGAGCUGGCGCUGAAAAACUUCCGCAACGGCCGCUGCCCCAUCCUGGUGGCCACCGCCGUGGCGGCUCGUGGCCUGGACAUCCCGCACGUGAAGCACGUGAUCAACUUUGACAUGCCGUCCGAUAUUGAGGAGUACGUGCACCGUAUCGGUCGCACGGGACGCAUGGGUAACGUCGGCUUGGCCACCAGCUUCUUCAACGAGAACAACCGCAACCUGGUGCGUGACCUGAUGGAGCUGCUGACCGAGACCAAGCAGACUGUUCCCGACUGGCUGGAGAACUACUCGCUGGAGGUGCACAAGAGCUCCGGCCACGGACGGCGCGGCGGCAAGAGGUUCGGCGGCGGUUUUGGCGGUCGCGACUACCGUCAACAGAACCGCAGCGGCGGCUACAACAAGACAGGCGGCGGCGGCGGCGCGGGCGCCGCGCAGGGCUACAACCAGGGCAAGAUGGCCGGCGGCGGCGGCGGCGCCUUCCCCGCCUACGGCAUGCCUCCGAUGGGCGGCAUGUAUGGCUACCCGAUGCAGAUGAGUGGCUACGGCGGCGCGUACGCGGCUGCGCCGCCCCACGCCGCCGGCGGCACCGACAACACCUGGUGGGGCAACUAGGCCGCCAGCGUGCCGGGCCGGCGCGGAGCGCGCGGCCGCGCCGCGCCGCGCCGGUCCCCCUCCCACCCACCCACCCCUCUGUCUUAGUCGCUGUCGGCAGCAGCCCGUCCCGCCCCCGCCGUGUAACACUGGCAGGCGACGGCGUGUGCGGGCGCGCGCUCCCUCGGCGGGCGGGCGCCCCGCGCCGGCCGGCCAGAUCCCCCGUCUCCCCCAACUGAGCCCGCCGCCCGCGGUCCAACGGCCGCGGGCGGGUGCGGCACUUCUGAUUGUGAUGUCGCUCAGUAGAUGGCACUACUGCUCACGGCGCCAGCGACCGCCGCCGCGCGCCACCGUCGGCUCUCCGCUCCGCGCGGACGGGCGCACACCAAAGACGCGAGCUCUGACGUCAGCAGCCAGGUGAUGUCACGCUGGAGCGCGCACACGCAAUUUUUGGGGUGUUCGCUGCUGCCUCUUUGCUCUCAUUUUGGUGUGUGUGCGUGUGGUGGCGACGUUUUUAGCGUUAUCAUUCCGCGGCGUAGUGGGAAACUGUGGUGUGUGCUGUUUGAUUUUCGUGCUUUUGCGGUGUAGAAGAACUUGAUUACUCAGCGUUAUUAUUUCCCUUCCUAAUCUAGGCGAUAGCUAACUAUUUCAGCGUCGCGGCGCUUAGGUGUUAAUAUUUCCACGUCGGUCGGUCGGCGGCCAGUCGGCGCCGGCCCAGCUGCCGACCAGUUAUCCGAGAAAACGUUGUAUUCUUUCCUGGCCGGGCGGCUACCGGCCCAGCAGCUGCCCAGAUUGAGCGGGGCCCAGGCCCGCCCCGCUGUGAGCGAGUCACACCCAGAGAGAGAGUGAGCGGAAAGUAGAGCGAGCGAGCGGCCCGGCCGGCCGUGGCCUGGCCGCGGCCGCCGGUCCGCCGUCAGUCGGCCGGCGGCGGCGUCGGUUUUCUGUUCUGUUCAGCACUUGUUUUGGGCGCGGACGCGCGCGCGCCGUGACGCGGGUUGGCGCGCGAGCUGGCCGCCGGCCGCGGAUCUCAGGGCAGACGCGAGCCGACCCGCGCCGCCCGCCGGCGCGCCACCGCGUCUCACCAGGAACAAGUACAAACUGCGCGCGCGCGCGGGAGGCGGCUGACCGCGCUCUCGGCGGGCCGCCCGCCGGCGAUCAGGCGGCCGCGCGCCGCCCGUUUGCUUCGUUCGUGUUUUGUAGCCUCUGCCAGGGGCGCCGUACGGCGGCCGCCGCCGUUCUGCGCGAGUAGCCUCUGCCGGGGACGCCGCGUCUGUGGCUGGGCGCUGCGGUCGGGCCGAGCGGCCGGCGCCGAGGCGGGACCCGGCGUCCCCGCCCUACCGGAGCUGCCCGGCCGGCCCCAAUCGGCGGCCGGCGGGCAGACUUUAUCAUUUUUGUACGUGAUCUUGCAGACCGAUGUACUGUGCAGUGAAGGGGUGCGACUGCUAACGGAGAGAGGAACACUCGUGAUCAAACAGCUGUAUAUCUUUGACCGUAGCGGCCAGAGGGCGGACACCUGCGGGCAGAAUACAAGGAAAGAAUAUGAUACCAAA